AUGGCGGCCAAGAUAAAUCCUUGCUUCUCUUGUUUGUCCCUUUAUUCAAAUUUUCAAACAAGGGCAAGCCUAAAGUUGAGCUCAAGAUUAAGAUGGUUCGACAAACGACAAUUAAAAAAAAGCUCGGAGUACAUCAAAGAUGUCAAGCCUUGCCAGCUUAUGCAUUGCAGACCAACAGUACUAAAUAUCUUAUCAAAGAGGAGAUUCAUUCUCUUUGCCACCUCUGAGGAUGAACAGUCAUUGAGUGAACUCGAACCAGAUGAUUUUGAGCCGGAAGAUGAGGCUUCUCUCGCCGAAAAUAACACCUUCGGAAAUAUUUCCUUUGAUCACUCUGAACAAGCUCGAGGAAAACCAGGGAUGAUAUCAUUUUAUGGAUCCACAAUGAAAAUAGAAGAACAAGUUCCUGUUACCAUUCAAAACAACACCCUGUUGUGGCUCAUGGGUCCCGCUGUUCUUGUUGCGUCGUUUGUUUUCCCAUCACUUUAUUUGCGGAGAAUACUCUCUUCGAUAUUCGAAGAUUCUUUAGUAACUGACUUUCUAAUACUGUUCUUCACGGAAGCCCUUUUCUACUGUGGAGUUGCUCUUUUUCUCCUCCUGAUCGACCGUUUGAACCGACCUGAGAAGAAGCUAAAACAUGCAGAAAUAAGCCGAAACCUUGUCCCUCACAUGGGGUACCGAGUCUCUUCUGUUACUGUUUUGGUUCUCAGCAUUAUAAUCCCAACUGUGACAAUGGGUUUCGUUUGGCCGUGGACUGGACCAGCAGCUUCUGCUACUCUAGCACCAUACCUUGUUGGCAUCGUUGUCCAAUUCGCGUUCGAGCAGUAUGCAAAAUAUGUCGACUCGCCUUCAUGGCCUGCCAUUCCAAUUGUCUUCCAAAUUUACAGGCUGCAUCAAUUGAACAGGGCAGCGCAACUAGUUACGGCUUUAUCUUUCACCGUGAGAGGAGCUGAGAUGACCCCACAUAAUGUGGCCAUAAAUGGGUCUUUGAGCACUCUACUAAACGUCCUUCAAUUUCUCGGAAUAAUAUCCAUUUGGUCACUCUCGAGUUUCGUCAUGAAAUAUUUGCCCCCCGCCACCAAUAAGCAAUAG